GGUACAAUUAUUUCUGCAUUACGUAUUACUCCUCUGUCAAUGCUUAGUGAAAUAGUCGUCUUCUUCCUCUGUUCCUCAAAUUUGUAGCUUCACUCUUCUCCAAAAUUGUCACAAUACCAUCUUUUAUUCUCAUCAGUCAGCAAGAUUCGCCAUUGGUUUUUGUUUUUUCUAAGGCUUAAAGCGUUCUUCUUUCAAAGUUCCAGUUAAAGGGAUUUGUCCUGCCUUGUCAAUACUUUGGGUCCGAGACUGUCAGAAUGGGUCUUGAAGGUUCAAGAAACUAGAUUUCGUGCUUAUAAGGCUAAAAAGAUUUGAAUGGCUAGAUCUCCAUUUUUUGUCAGAAGCUUGUGCACUCGCCAAAACGUUAAUUCCCCAAUCCGUAACUUAAGUAUUGCUGGAACUAAUGGUGGGGUUGAAGGUGAAGUUGCUGCACAAAACGCAGAUCGAUCAAGUUCAGUAAAUCAUCAAAGUGAGCAACAGAGCUUUGCUGAGAUAGCUAAAGAUGUUUGCAAAGUCAUCCGGACACGACCCAGAUGGGAACAAAUAUUGUUAUCUGAUUUUCCCACUGUUAAUUUUACUGAUCCAAGAUUCUAUACUGAGGUUCUGAAGGCACAAAAAAAUGUAAUGUUGUCGCUUCGGUUUCAUUUUUGGCUUAGUUCUCAAAAUGGUUUUUCGAGGGAUCAGUUCUCUGAUGAAGUCAUAUUUAGUGGGCUUGUACAAGCCAAGGCUGCCAGUGCAGCCAAAUGUUUUCGGCAAAAUAUGAUUUUUGUGCCUCAACCUAGUUGUUUGGAGGCCUACAUUCAGUGUCUUUGUGAAAAUGGAUUGAUUGAGGAUGCCCUUGACGUGUUUACUGAGUUGAGAGGUGUUGGCCACUGCCCAUCAUUGAGAAUUUGGAAUUCAGCCCUUUCAGAUUCUAUCCGAGCUGGAAGAACUGACACUGUCUGGAAAUUGUAUGAGGAUAUGACAGAAGCUGGUGUUGUAGCUGAUGUAGAUACGAUUGGACACUUGAUUCAAGCAUUUUGUAUGGAGAACAAUUUUCCAGAAGGGCAUCAACUUCUUCGACAGGCUUUGGAAGCUGGGCAUGCCCCUAGUAGUGUUGCUUUUAAUAAAUUGAUUUAUGAAUCAUGUAAGAACAGAGAUUACUUUAGACUGUCAUCUCUUCUCCAUUCAAUGAUUGCAACUAAUUGUUCUGUUGAUAUAUUCACUUAUCAGCAUGUUAUUCAGGGACUGUGUGAAACAAGAAAGAUGCGUGAAGCUUUUAGGAUAUUUAAUGAUCUAAAGAAUAGAGGCUAUGCUCCGGAUAUGGUUAUGUAUACAACAAUGAUUAAUGGUCUCUGUAAAAUGAAAUCGGUUGGAGAUGCCCGGAAAUUAUGGUUUGAGAUGAUUCAAAAGGGAUUCAAUCCCAAUAAAUACACAUACAACACACUCAUCCAUGGUUAUUUAACAACUAACCGUCUAAAAGAAGCUGAAAGUCUUUAUAAGGAAAUGUGUGAUAAAGGAUAUGGAGAGACCACAGUGACAUAUAAUACCAUGAUUCACGGGCUGUGUCUUUAUGGAAGAGUAGGAGAAGCUCACAACUUGUUCAAUAAAAUGGCUGAGAAUGGUGUUGCCCAUGAUGUGGUCACAUACACUUCUCUUAUUCAGGGUUUCUGCAAGAAUGGGAAGAUAAAUAAAGGUCUUCAGUUUUUAUAUGAACUGUUAAAGCAGGGGUUGCAACCAUCACCUGCUUCUUAUACAGUGUUAAUUGAGAAACUUUGUGAGAUCGGCCAUGUUUCGGAAGCAAAAUCAUUGUGGAGCGAUAUGCAAGAGAGAGGUGUCAAACCAGCAACAUCGACUUAUGAUUCUAUCAUACUUGGAUUAAUCAAGCAGGGAUAUGUAACAGAGGGGCUAGAUUGGUUGAGCAGUAUGAUGAAGAGUAGGCUCAGACCAAGGAGAAAAACUUUUGAGGAACUGAUUUAUCAUCUUUCUCAAGCAGAUAAGUUGGAUGAAUCUUUAUCCAUUUUAGAUAACAUGCUUAGGCUAGGUCAUGUCGUCAGAGAAAAAAUUUUCCAUUCUCUAGUAAAUAAACUUUGCAAAGAUAAUUCCCACCAUAUUGAGAUGGAAAUGGGAUAUAUAGUCUGAGCUAUUCAAGAUGGUUGACGUCUUAUAAAGACUGCAACACCUUUAGCUUGUCUAAGGCCAAAUCGGAAGAGAAGAUUUAUUUGCUUUAUACACCUUGAUCAUGCAACUUCACAUUUUUUGUUAUAACUUAAUGUUGUAUUUUUUUAGUCUUAUUGAUAUGUGAUAGGGAUCAAAUUUGUAGCACGUGCUACUACACAUCCCUCACUGUAUUUCUGUUACCGCUUACAGUAAAUUUGAUGAUGGAUGCACUGACAUUCUUGAAGUGCAGUCAUUCCUUAGAGAGAAUCUGUGGUUUCUGCUAGGAGAUAGAGACACCAUUCACUUCUUCUGAAUAACUUUUGUCAAAUGGACUGUUUUGGUGUGUUUCCAGUGUGGUUAGAAUUUUGAAUUCUACUUUCUUGCAAUAUUCAACUUUCAUGGUCAGUGGUACUUCAUUAGAGGAAAUAUCUAUUUUAGAUCAAAAUGUAUGACUGAUUUUGUGUUUACUUCACUUUUUUUGGUUUGUAUCCUAGUUUUCUUUCCUUCAAAGAAAGAGACAGAAAAGCUGAAGAGGACAAUUCUGGAGUGAUCUAAAAUUCUUGUUAUUACUUUUUGCAGUAGGCUUCUAAAAUACAAUUUUAACACCCAAGUUAGGAAAAUUAUGUCAAAUCAAUUUAUUGAUAACCUAAAAGGAAAGUACAUUACUUUAUUUUGUUCAGUCGAAAACAUUGAUGGCCCAAUGCUUUUGAAGCUAAAAUCUCCCAUUGCUGCAUUGAACAUGUACAUCAUGAUUGUGCCCACUGUAACAGACAGAAGUUUGUGCUUUCUACAUUUUACGCCAAAAUCUUAAAAGGGAAGUUCAUUUAUUUUUAACCUUAAGAUGUUACCAGAUUUUCUUUCAAAACUCUCUGGUUCCUUUCUUUACACAAUCGAGCAUAUGCAGGACGGAUUUGUGUCCCGAUGUUCUUUCUCUCAUUGUUUAGGACCUUUUAUUAAUACCAGCAUUGCAUUAACUCUUUUGCUGUUCUUGGCACUACCCCUCUUAUCAUUGAAUAUAGUCAGGAGUAACUGCCUAGAUGAAGCUAUUACGGGCAAUGUAUGAAAAGAUGAUUUGUAAUUUCUGCAUUCAGACAAAUGACAUCUGUUACAUAUAGUCAUUCCUCUUCUCUGUAGAUUAUCCUGGGUAAGGGGCAGCUUCAGGGUCCAAAAUCAAGUGAAAAAGUGCCACUACCUGGUGCUUUGUUUCUCCAUAUUUGUCUCCAUGGCUAUGUUCCUUUUUAGCAAUAGAAGAGAUCAAACUCUUGCAGUAAAAGUUAACAGUGAAAGAUUCAGUUCUUUGUAGCUCCCAUGCUAGUGAGUCUGACUUGUCUUCUAGGGCUGGUGCUGUUUCCAGCAGCUAAAACAGUUGAAUCAGUUCCCCAACUUCCAAUCAUUUUGCACCUUUUCUUAAUUUUGAUGUCCCUCUAUCGACCUGUUUUAACUGAGUGGUACUUUCAAUUGCAGCAGUUUCCGUUGCAUCAUCAUUUCUUCACUUUGCUGGGGCCCAUUUGGGGGUGGCGCUCCCAACAUGAUUUUCUCCAAAUCCAGGACUCGAACCCGAGACCCUUUGGCUAAGGGUGAAGCACUCCCACCAGUGCACCGCAACCCAUGUUGGUGGAAAGUAAAAUUGUGGUAAUUACUAAUUACACAAUUAGUAAAGGAUAUGAGAGGAAGGCUAUCCCAGAAUCCAUCAUGCAAACCCUCUUUAAAGCCUAUAUCGUGAUAUGCUAGGUGGAGCUGAUUCAAUUCCUUGCCGUCAUUUGAGUCCACAGGUGCCUGUGAUCCUGGAAGAAUGAUUCAAGUGAGACAUACUGAUGAAGGCUAAAAAAGGAAUGUGGUCCUUCGUUCACCUCCUAACGUGCUCCUCAAAUAGAAGUCAGAUAUUUUGCUACAUCAAAAAGAUUUGGACAAUCCUUCCUCCGUGAGCUAGCUUUUUAGGCAGAGUUAUGCCCAGGUGCCAUAUCACCAGCAUCAUCAUUUUCCCCUUUACUUUCCUUCAACUCUUCCUCUUGACUUGCCUUCAACUCUUCCUCUUGACUUGCAACCAGCUUGUGCAAUCUAUCAGCCAAGCCAUCAAUGUUUGUGUGUAUAUCAUCAUCAGGGUCUUGAGAGGGAUCGUCGGAAUCAGAACAAGAAUUGUUGAAUGCAGCUUCUAUCCUUAAGUGCAUGCGACGUAGACGACUUUCAUUGUCCCUCCAGCUCUUGUGUUCAGCGUUUCUCCUUUGCAUUUCCAUCUCCUCUUCUUCUGAUGAAUCAUAGUUUUGGUUAAGCAUGUCUGCCCAGUGUUGCUGAGUGAUCUCACUCGAUGCAGAAGUUCCAGCUAAAUCAUAAUUGCGUUUCUUACGAGUCUUCUUCUCCAUGUCCUCUUUGAGUGCAUCUGAAAUUGUUAAAAGGACAUUGUAUGAAAUGUUUAUAUUUUGGAGUAUCAAUCAACCAAAGGAGUUGCUACAAUAUAUCUUAACCAUUGGUAUCAAACAAGGUGUGGAGCUAAUUGCUGGAAUCAAACUUAACACUUUGCAAAGACUUAUUGUUCAUAGAUAAAAGUAGUCCUAUUAGAAAAUUGUGCACUAAUAUCAAGGUGAAAAAGCACGUACACAAAUAUGUUCUUGAGAGAUAUUCAUUUGAACACAAAAAAAUUCAAAUGUCAUUUUCUUUCAUUCAUUUCGCAAGUGGUCAUAAGUGAUUAUUUCCACUAUAA